CAGCCUUCAGUUGCGUUCCAGACGUCGAAAGAGAAGAUACACCAUGAGCGACAAACAUUUAACUGCUGGGUCACCAUGCCCUCCCCUGCAGCCCGGAGUCAUGAGGAUUUAUAGCAUGCGGUUCUGCCCCUUUGCCCAGCGCGUUCGGUUGGUCCUCGCUGCCAAAGGAAUUGACUCCGAAAUCGUCAACAUCAACACGCACAACAAACCCGACUGGUUCUUCGACAAAAGUCCUUUAGGGAAAGUGCCGGUGUUAGAGAAAGAUGGAGAAAUAGUUUGCGAAUCGGCCAUCGUUAGCGAUUAUCUGGACGAGGUUUUUCCAGAGCCUGCGCUUUACCCUAAGGAUCCCUGGAAGAAAGCGCAAGACCGGUCACUUGCAGAGAUUUGGUCGAAGGUGUACGGACCCAUGUACAAGCUCUAUUCCGCAAGGGGAGACCAGCAGGCUAAGACAAAGGCCUUUGAUGAUUUCCUGUCUGGUCUAGAUUUCUUCGAGGGGGAACUUGCUAAGAGAGGGACCACUUAUUUCGGUGGGGAGAGACCAGGCAUGCUAGACUACAUGAUCUGGCCCCAUUCAGAAAGGUUUGCAAUGUUGACUAUACUGGCUGGAGACGGCUGUGAGAUUGCACGGCAUAGACACCCAAACAUGUGUUCGUGGAUUGAUAGAAUGAAGGAAGACCCAGCCGUGAAGACGACCUAUCUUACACCCGAGGAACAUUUUGGGUUUGUUAAAGGAUAUCUUGGCGGCAAUCCUGAGUAUGACAGGAAGCAGUGACGUCAUCGCUAGAUCUGAAUGAAGUUGUUUUUUUUUUACCUUUAUUUCACUUGUUUCUUGUUUUUUGUCUGUCUGUCUGUCUCUCUCUCUCUCUGUCUCUCUCUCUCUCUCUCUCUCUCUCUCUCUCUCUCUCUCUCUCUCUCUCUCUCUCUCUCUUUCCACUUAUAUUUAAUGUGUGAAAUUAAUACAAUAUAGUCGAGUUCUCUCUUGUCUUGUAGUAAAAGUAGUCAGGAGUCUUGUAGUCAAAAUAAUUUAAAAUUCAUGUAAGCACCUCUUACGAAUAAAUAAUUCGUGUUAAAA